UUUCAUUGUGUGCAGCAUUUAAAAAGUGCAUUGAGUGCAGGGCACUGAAGUUGAUUCACCUGUAGAUCACUUGUUGGAAUUUUAUUUUGAGUUUUCAAGCCAUCAACCAAAUAGCACGAUGAAAAGGAAAUUGUUAUACAAAGCUGAAUAUACAAAAAGUAAAAAUUCUAUAUGCAAAGGGUGCAAAAUUGGAAUAAAAAAAGAUGUGUUACGUCUGGUGUAUUUACAAAAGUCACGUAAAUUUGACGGCCGUGAACGAAAAUGUUAUCAUCCAUGCUGCUUCUUCAAAAAAUAUCGCCCUCGAUCACAAUUUAAUAUUGAUGGAUUUGCAAAACUGCGUCACAAUGAUCAAGAAGUGUUGGUAAAACUUAUAGAUUGCGCAAAAAAAAGUAUCAAAAAGCGUGUGAAAAAUUCCAAUGUAUCUGCUGUGUCCAGCGAACACAGUGAUAAUGGAGACCAUGAACCGCCAUCCAAAAAAAUUAAGCCCAAUUCGCAGGACAACAAGCUAGACACAGUGAUCCGAAAUCAAAAUGAGGAAUUUCAUGAUCUUCGUGAAAAAAUAAAAGAGAAUGUCGACAAAGACAGCCGAAAAAGUAUUUUAAGAUACAAUGCACAGUCAGUACCCCGGGACAAUGCACAACUUUUGGAUCACGUUACGGAUGUUCUUUUUUUCGGUGCAAUCGUUCCUUGCAAAGUUAAGGAAUGUAAAAAUGGAAAUUUUGAAUUCGAUGGAAAUACCACUUAUCGUUGCACUGGACAAUUAUCGGGAUUUGGCGAUUGUAAUAACGAAAUCAAAGAGCCAGAAAGGCGUCCCGUAAAAAUCCCUCCUGAAAUAUCAGAAGCAUACCCAUUUUUACAUAAAGAAUUCAAAGCGGAAAGCCGCGCGAUUAAGGAUAACCCAAAAUCUUCAAAGGCUAAACAAGCAUUGACUCCGAAGCGAGCUUCACUGACGACUACCCGAAAGCCGAAGUUCAGAGAAAUGGUGGUGAAAGAUGGAGCUAUCGUCGAUCCAGGCUCUCGCUUGCAAAAUAUUGCUCACGUUUACAUCACAGAUGAAAAACCCUAUUCAGUAGCGCUGGACAAAGUUGAAUUGAGCGUCCAUAAAGAUCAGAAUUCUUAUUAUAAACUUCAAUUGUUGGAGUCAGAUGCAGAUCCGAAAAAAUACUGGAUUUAUCGAGCAUGGGGCCGGAUAAACGAGAAUAUUGGAGACGAUAAAUGUGAUGAAUACAGUACAUUGGAUGAAGCUAUCACCUGUUUCUGUAAAUUAUAUCGAAAGAAAACUUGGAAUAAUUUCGGUACUAAAUAUUUCGAAAAGCGGGCUGGAAUGUAUUAUCAACCAAGUUCGAGCAAACCGAACGAAAAAGUGUAUAAAAUAGUAGAAAGUACCACGUUGGAUAGUUCAGUUCAAGAUCUAUUAAAACUGUUGAUUAACGAAGAUAUGAUGAGUGCUGUGAUGGUGAAAUUUUGCCUCGAUAUGAACAAAAUGCCACUGGGUAAAGUGAAACGCGUACAAAUUGUAAAUGCCUUUAAAAUAUUACACGAAAUUGAACGAAAAAUAAUGAAUAACGAAUCGCAUGCGUCAUUAGUAGAAGCAUCAAACCGCUUCUACUCAAUAAUACCACAUAAAGCGUGCAGUAAAGAUGCAUUGGUUACCAGAGACGAUCUUGCGAACAAAGCAGAAAUGCUCCAAGAUCUCCAAGGAAUUCAAUUGUCAUAUGAAUUUCUAUACAAAACUGGAGAAAGUGGUAAAAAUAUUUUAGACGAUUUUUAUUUUAAACUAAAUGCCAUCAUUGAGCCGCUCGAUAUCAAUUCUGAACAAUUCAAAAUUAUAAAAGGUUCGGUUGAUAACACCAAUUUGGACUAUGAUUUUGAAGUUGAAGAAAUUUUCAAGGUUCAACGUAAAGGGGAGAAUAAAUGUAACAUUUUCAACGGACUAACAAACCGGAAACUGCUUUGGCAUGGUACUAAAAUCACGAAUGUCAAUUUAAUUCUUGCACAUAGUCUAAAAAUAGCACCUCCCGAAGCUAUUGUUAUCGGUUGUAUGUUUGGCAAAGGACUUUAUUUUUCAGAUGUAGUGGGCAAUUCUGCAAAGUACUGCUAUGCUAGCCAGAGUAAUAAUACUGGCAUAGUUUUACUGUGUGAAGUUGCACUCGGUGAUUCAAUGAAGUGUUUUGAUCCCGAAAAUAUCGACGAACUUCCGUAUGGUAAAAAUUCGGUUCACGGUGUGGGAAAGUAUUCCCUACAAUCCAGUGAAUUGAUCGAUGGUGCAAUCUUUGCGUGUGGUGAGAUAAAAAAGGAUGAUACCAUUCAGUCUUGUGUCGAUUACAAUGAAUUCGUGGUAUACAACAAUCAACAGGUAAAAAUCAAAUACCUCGUCAAACUUAGAUUCAGUGAUUCAGUGGGACGUUUCAAAUAAAGUGACUAAAAAAACACGAACUCAACAAAACUGAUCGUCAAAAAAAAAAUUAUUCAAAAGAAAUAUUUGUGAGUUUUCAUUUUUUUAAAUCAUAAAAAAGUCAAAUGGAGAAUGAAAAUACGUUUUUUAAUACGAAUAAAUGUUUCUGUAAUAUCAA